AGUUUGCUCUUGUUUUCAAAUCAACUAAAGAUGGUGAACCCAAAUCUCAGAACAGACCCUUCCACCAUUUACAACCUUAUCAAAUCCUACGCACUUUCCCCCUCAACCAUCCUCAAAGCCCAUAACCUCUUCCAACAAAUCCACCGACCCACGUUGCCCUUUUGGAACAUCAUGAUCCGCGGCUGGUCCCUCAGUGACCAACCCAACGAAGCAAUUCGCAUGUACAACCUCAUGUAUCGCCAGGGCCUGUUGGGUAACAACCUCACAUACCUUUUUCUCUUCAAGGCCUGUGCUCGAGUCCCCGAUGUUUCUUGCGGCUCAACGAUUCAUGCCCGCGUUUUGAAACUUGGGUUUGAGUCCCAUCUCUAUGUUUCCAACGCCUUGAUUAACAUGUAUGGCUCUUGUGGUCAUUUGGGUCUUGCUCAGAAGGUGUUUGAUGAAAUGCCUGAGAGGGACUUGGUUUCGUGGAAUUCGUUGGUUUGUGGGUAUGGUCAGUGCAAGAGGUUUAGGGAGGUGUUGGGUGUUUUUGAAGCAAUGCGGGUGGCUGGUGUGAAGGGCGAUGCUGUGACUAUGGUGAAGGUUGUUUUGGCAUGCACUUCGUUGGGUGAGUGGGGUGUUGCUGAUGCCAUGGUUGACUACAUUGAGGAAAAUAACGUGGAAAUUGAUGUUUACUUGGGGAAUACACUGAUUGAUAUGUAUGGACGCCGUGGUUUGGUUCAUCUGGCUCGUGGAGUUUUUGAUCAGAUGCAAUGGAGAAAUUUGGUUUCUUGGAAUGCAAUGAUUAUGGGUUAUGGGAAAGCAGGAAACUUGGUUGCUGCUCGGGAGUUGUUUGAUGCUAUGUCGCAGAGAGAUGUGAUCUCGUGGACUAAUAUGAUCACAAGUUACUCUCAAGCAGGCCAGUUUACGGAGGCCUUGAGGCUUUUCAAGGAAAUGAUGGAAUCUAAGGUGAAGCCGGAUGAAAUAACAGUUGCCAGUGUGCUUUCUGCAUGUGCUCAUACCGGUUCACUUGAUGUUGGGGAGGCUGCUCAUGACUAUAUACAGAAAUAUGAUGUAAAAGCUGAUAUUUAUGUUGGAAAUGCCUUGAUAGAUAUGUAUUGCAAAUGUGGUGUGGUUGAGAAAGCAUUGGAGGUGUUUAAAGAGAUGAGGAAGAAGGACUCUGUGUCAUGGACUUCGAUCAUUUCAGGCCUUGCGGUUAAUGGCUUUGCAGAUUCAGCACUUGAUUAUUUUUCACGGAUGUUGAGGGAAGUUGUGCAGCCAUCUCAUGGAGCCUUUGUUGGAAUUUUGCUAGCCUGUGCACAUGCCGGAUUGGUUGAUAAAGGAUUGGAAUAUUUUGAAAGUAUGGAGAAGGUUUAUGGACUGAAACCGGAAAUGAAACAUUAUGGAUGUGUUGUGGAUCUUUUGAGUCGCUCUGGCGAUUUACAAAGGGCAUUUGAAUUCAUAAAAGAGAUGCCUGUGACUCCAGAUGUGGUAAUAUGGAGGAUAUUGCUGAGCGCUUCUCAGGUUCAUGGAAAUAUACCCUUGGCUGAGAUUGCCACAAAGAAGCUUCUUGAACUGGAUCCUUCUAAUAGUGGUAACUAUGUACUUUCAUCUAAUACUUAUGCGGGCUCCAAUAGAUGGGAAGAUGCUGUUAAAAUGAGAGAACUGAUGGAGAAGAGUAAUGUACAGAAACCAUCAGGUAGCAGUUGCAUAGAAGUAAAUUGUUCAAACAGUUCUCAAGAUUCUUGUUUUAUUGAACAUGAAGAGAAGAGUGAAUUAAAUGUUGUCUAGAAGAUUCAUUUAUUAUUCAUAAUUUGAUUUCAUUUGCGGGACAGCCAUGAACCAAGGGUCUUAAAAUUUUGAACCUGACCCCUGAUGGCCUAAUCAACUUCGAAUUGUCAAUUGUUACACAAAAGUGACUUAAUUAUAAUUGGUAUCUGUUUCCAUGGAGCAAUAUUUUGAUGUAGAACUGGUUGAGUUGCUUAUUAUGGAUUACAGAUGGAAUUGCAAAAUGGGCAUAGGAUUGAUGAUUCCUAAAUUGUAUUUUAGUAUGUGCCUUAAUGCAAUGUGCUCAUUUUGGGUUAGUGGCUACACUAAAUUGCAAACUAAGCCUCACUAAAAUUGUUAGUGGCUGCUACAAACUCAUCUAUGCAACUAUCUUCUCAACUCUCCAAAGCUGCAGCAAAAGAUGGCUAACCAGCUCCCAACGACAGCCAUAUAGCAUACUGAGAUGUUGAUGCUAAAGGAUCUACACCAUCAAAUUCAAAUGCAAGGGGCAAAGGUCGUUUAAGAUUCUGAAUACCUAUGUAAUCACGAUUUAUUAAACUGGAAAAAUCCUGCCAUGAUAGGAAUUCGACAUAACUCAAGUAGUAUAUGGGCAAACCAGUCUAAAAACGUUUUGUGCAUUAUUUUUCUUUCCUGUACUUGAACAUUUUUGUACUUUAUUGUUCAUAGCAUACCUUUUGAAUUAUAAUAUGCUUCUUGUUUGCUAUUUA